AUGGCUGCACCCCGCCAGCCGCUGCAUAUGCUGCGUGCUCUGCUGCGCGAGGCCUCAUACCUGCCCGAUGCCACUGCCCGCACCUAUUUUGGCCGCUACAUUGUCACCCGCUUCAAGGCCUACCAGCCGCCUAGCCACCACAGGUCCCCAGCCACAAGUCAAGCCACAACUCCAGCCACAAGUCAAGCCACAGAUGCAGCCACACCUUCACCCACACGUUCCCGCAUCCCGCGGUUGCUACGCAAGGCGCGCAAAGGGCUGACUCUUCUCCGCCGCGCCAACCAGGGCGAUAUGGCCUGUCUGCAAAAGGUCCUUUUCCUUGCAUACGGCCGCGUGGGCAGGCGCAAGCACACGUUGUUGGCACCCCUCCUCAGGCCCGAUGCCAUCAUGGACGGCGGCAAACUGCCGCUCCCUACCGCUGCUGCCGAUGUGCCCCCUGCCCCGCUCCACCAGCUCUAUUACACUUCUUCGCGGUGCCUGGGCCUAUUCGCCGCCCCUGUGCCUAUCUCUAAGACGCACUGCUCUAUCGCUAUCUCGGAUCGCUUCUCGCGGCUGCGCGCCCUCAUCAAGUCGCAGCACAAGAAGGGCCUCGCCAUCCACCGCGAGCUCAAGGGCCAGCUCCUCAAGACACCCAUACACAAUGUCUGGGGCCGCCCUAUGCCCAUUAAGAGGGCGCGUAACAACGUCCGACGAUGGUAUGCUGAGACCAUGACGAGAAUUCUCCCGCCCCUGCCCGCCCACGAGUGGGAUAAGAUGCAUGCCAUGAUGCUCGGUCACCAGCCCAUCGGAUUGGUCAAACCAAGGGCCAAAACCUCCCUUCCCACUGGUGUUGGUUUUGAUAGCGUCGCUACACCAGAAACUCUCUUUGCCAGCACCCUACAUGAAGCCAUGGCGUUGAGCAAACCCAGUAGAGCAGAUAGGCCUGCUGGUAUGCACCGCCCCCAUGCCAUCACCCCCAAGUUCAUGCGACGCCUGUACACCAAGAUCCUCACUCUCUGCUGUAAGCUUGAGUACCACGAAGAAACAAAGCGCUGGACGGCCAUCUGGGGUGAGCCCAACAAGACCAUCAAGCCCAAGCUUUACAGUGCGCCAACGGACCAACAGCUUUUUGCCGGUGUAGAUGCACAAGGACGCCUACCACACAAGCCAAAGCAACACGACUUGGACAAAUCCGCCCAUGUGCAGCCACGCAAUGCCGAUGGUCAAUAUAUGCGAUUUCCCUUUUUCGCAGAGUUUCUGCCAGAGAACAAUCCCCUGCGCAAGGAAUUGGACGAAUGGAAGAGGAAGCGCGCUGCUGCGGCUGCGGCUGCAUCUGCGGUUCGUGCGCCUACGCGCUAA